ACAAUCAUCAUAGAGGCACUUAAAGAUUUCUGCAUCCAGGAAAAGAAAAUCAUUCUAGAGGCAAAUUUCUGCAUCCAAGAAAAGAAAAUCAUUCUCAAAGAUGUUAGUUUAAAAAGAGUUUGAAAAGAACAGCCAUGGCAGCCAUAGGCCAAGAGAUAGCUCACAUGAAGAAAGGCGGUCACAUCUUCCUCCCGGACUGGGCAAGUCAGCUGAAGUGGCCUGGAAAUGUGAACCAUGGAGCGCUGAGGAUGAAAGACGAGAGAACGAGCAGACCGGUCGGCCUGAGGGAGGAGGAGGUGGCUUACCUGAAGCAAGGGCAGGAAGCACUGCAGAAGGCCCUGGAGAUUGUGCAGGACCAGGCUGGAUGGAAAAGGGAAACAUCACAGGAAAAUGGGGAUGUGAUCUACAGUAAGGUUCUUCCUGGAGCUCAGAAAGUCUUCAGGCUGGAAGCUGUCUUAGACGCCUCCCCAGAAGAGCUGUACGAUCACCUGUUUGUGAAAGUUGAAGAGAUGAAUCAGUGGAACCCAAACAUCAAGCAAAUUAAAGUGCUGAAGCAUGUUGGCAGAGACACCAUGGUUACACACGAGGUCUCUGCGGAGACAGCAGGUAAUCUGAUUGGCCAGCGGGACUUCCUGAGCGUCAGACACAGCUACAAACACGAGUCCUGCAUCUACUUAGCCGGUGGGGCCACACAGCUGGAGUCCUUCCAACCCCAAAAAGGGUUUGUGAGAGCUGAAGACGGACCAACCUGCAUAAUCAUACAGGCAGAUGGAGUCAGCUCUGACAGGAGUCGAUUCACUUGGCUUUUAAACAUGGACCUGAAGGGAUGGAUUCCGAAGUCCAUUGUUAAUCAGGCGUUGCCACGAGCGCAGACGGAGUUCACAUGGCAUCUGCGCCGGCAUCUGGCGGAGCAGUCGCAGUCCAGACGUGCGCAAUCCCGGAGAAACGUCCUCGCCACACGUCUCUGAAAACAGCGGGAGUCCGCUUUCAUCACGAGCUGGCGCGCGAGAGAGCAGCUCGCUCCAAAGCCGAA